AUGGCACAAAAAUUCACCGCCGAUGAAAUUAACUGCAAAGUGAAAAAUUUUACAAAGAAAUACAGAGAGGAGAAAACAAAAAUUGGCCCUUCUGGGGAUAGUCCUUCGCCUUGGAAGCAUUAUAAUGCUGUGCAUCGCAUAGUAGGGUGCACUGCCGUUAAUUCGGCUUUGAGGCUUUCCGAGAAUUCAACAUUAACCCAAUUGUUGCCGCCAUUCGACCCAUCAUUAUCACCUCCGUCCCCAUCGCCAUCAUGUCCGCUGUCACCUUCGUUGCCGUCACCAUCACCAGCAUGUCCGAUGCCGUCACCAUCACCUUCACCUGCAACAAGAAAGCGUAAUCUUAGCGCCGAGUUGUUAAAGGUUUUAAAUAAGCAAACUGACAUAUUGGAAAGGGUUGCGGAUGAAACAAAGCACGUUUCAGAGGAAAUAAUUCAGACUGUUCGACAGCACAGUAAUUUAUCCGGAAGAUUUUUAACCCUUAUGGAGAAAAUCGCAGAGAAGCUUUAAGUUUAAAAUAAUUUUAUCGUUUUUUUCUCGU